AUGGAUAGACUGCUUCACAGACUUCACCUUCAAGACAAACAGAAGUUGUCUCCAGCAGAUUUACUUAAAAUAGUUCCACCAGUGAAACAGGACCAUGAAACAUCUGAGGAAGAUCUAGCUCAUACUUUUCUUCAGAGGUUGAUGAUGUUAGACUACAGAGCCAGAUAUAUUCCUGUAAGACAAGACAGUGCUGAGGUGAGCCACUCGAAUCCUGUUGCAGAGUCUGAAACUGUUGAUACAGAAGACAGUGACUUUGAUGCUCUUUUUAGCACCAACGUUGACUGUGAUCAAUCAGAUCAGACUCAUGUUCAUCCGAUGGACGUUCAAAUGGCAGUAUUUCACUGCUCAGACAGCUUCCUUAAGCAGAACAUGAUGACAAAGCUGUCACAGUGUCAGUACGCCUUACCUUUGCUUGUUCCUGACCCAGUCACACUGGAUGUUGAGUGUCCUCUGUGGACAUUCAGACAAAUAAGAAAAACCUGGAAGAUAACUCAAGUCAAGGGUGAUUCAAACAUUGUCACCAUGAAGAGUUUGCCCAUCUGCAAAGCUGAGACACCGAUGGUGUCAUUUUUCCGCCUGGGUUCACUGUCAGUGUCUAAAUCUCAGCUGAUGAACACUUUGAUCAACGAGCGUCACAACACCUUCUUCCACAGAAACUGCCCAGGUAGCACCAGAUCUCGCCUUUUGAUGGAUGGUGUGGCAGAGAUUGCCUGGUACUGUCCUGCUGGAAAACCCAACGAUGCCUUCACUGACUGCACUGCCUUCUGUAAUCUUCAUGGUGAUGCUCUGUCGAUUGAAAAACAGCGUAAGAUACUGACUGAAAUAUCUUCAGUCAAUGUUGUUCUGUUACCAACUCUGAAAAAAGGUGACAAAAGUUGGGCUGUUAUCUCAGAUCUUCUGAAGUCUCCAAAGCCUCUGAUUUGUCUCAUUACUGAUAAUGAUUGUGGUGCAGUUCAGAUGAAAAAGGGAAAAUAUAAAAUGGGUCUAAAAGACAGAAGCCAGUCAGAUGUUUCUGAAGAACUGAAAAGAAUCAUUGGUGAGAUCUUGUCUGGAUCACAAACAUCCUUCCAGCUUGAAACCAUGGCCGAGGUCUCUGGAAUCAGAGUGGAUGAAGAAGACACAGUCUGCCAAAAAGGGAAAUCUGCUGCUAUGGAAACAGUGAAUUUACUUCAGGGGAUGGAUGUUUCAGAAAUCAAAGAUAAAUUCCUCCCUUGUCAUGGCCGACUGUGGCAUGAGUGGUGCAGAAUAAAGAGAGAACUGUAUCACCUCAAAGGAAACGUUGAGAAGGAGAAAAGUGAAAAGCAACAGGAACUGAUGAAAAUACGACAAGAACAAUGUGAUGCUUCCUGUAGUGAACUGGUGAAGUUGUUCAUUGAAAGUCUCUCAUCUUUGCCAUCAACAGACAAAGAGUAUUUCCUGAAAUGGACUCAGAUCUUAAUAGACGCCCUCUCCGCAGACGAUCUCAUGUCAAUUCUCCAAAGCUAUGAUAAGAAGUGGUCUGAGGUCUUGGAUCUGAAAAAGAAACACGACAAAUCUGAUCUGUUAAAAAGAAAACAGACUGAGCUUGAACAAAUAUCAACAAAACUACAGUCUGCAACUUUUGGCUUGGAGCACAUCUUUAGAGAAAUGGGGCAGAUCUAUGAAGCCUAUGAAUCUCUGCAGAAACAAACAAAGAGGGGUCACACUGACCGGUCUAAAUACCCUGAGCUGGCUGCAGAGCUGAUGAUAUCAGGACACCCCAUGGAGCUGAUGGAUGGUGAUGCAGGUCAUGUGCCUUUGACAUGGAUCUCUAGUCUUUUAGAGGAAGUCAUCAAGAGACUGGGUGACCAGAGAGUGUUUGUGUUGUCAGUUUUGGGCUUACAAAGCAGUGGAAAAUCAACAAUGCUGAAUGCCAUGUUUGGGUUGCAGUUUGCAGUGAAUGCUGGCAGAUGCACCAAGGGUGCCUUCAUGCAGCUGAUCAAAGUGUCAGAGGAGAUGAAGAGAGACUUUAAGUUUGACUACGUGCUGGUGGUGGACACUGAAGGACUGCGUGCUCUUGAAUUAGCAGGUAACGCCGCUCUUAACCACGACAAUGAAAUGGCAACAUUUGUUGUUGGUCUGGGAAACAUGACAUUGAUCAACAUCUUUGGAGAGAAUCCAGCUGACAUGCAAGAUGUUCUGCAGAUUGUUGUUCAGGCUUUCAUGAGGAUGAAGAAAGUCAAACUUUCUCCAAGUUGUGUGUUUGUUCACCAGAAUGUGACAGAUAUUGCAGCUGCAGAGAAAAACAUGGAGGGAAAGAGACGCCUGCAAGAAAAACUGGACCAGAUGACCCAACUAGCUGCCAAAGAGGAGGUUUGUGAUGCAGAGUGUUUCAGUGACAUCAUUGCAUUUGAUGUGCAAAAAGAUGUGAAAUACUUUGCCCAGCUUUGGGAGGGAAGUCCACCUAUGGCUCCUCCAAAUCCAGGUUAUAGUGAGAGCAUCCAAGAGCUGAAGAACUUCAUUCUCUCUAAAGCUUCACAGUCUGCUGGGAUUACUCUGUCACAGUUCAAAAGCAAGAUUCACGACCUGUGGAAUGCCCUGUUGAACGAAAACUUUGUUUUCAGUUUCAAAAACACACUUGAAAUUAAGGUGUACAGAAACCUUGAAGUUCAGUACGGGAACUGGACCUGGGCUCUGAGGAGCAACAUGUUGGCCAUUGAAAACCAGUUGUACAACACAAUUGAAAAUGGAAAACUUGACAAAGUUGAGCUCAGUUAUCUUUUUAAAGAAAUUAGCCAAACAUAUGGAGAAAUCAAAAAAGAAAUGUCAAAGCACUUUGAUGGUGACAGAGACAAAGAAAUGUUGGUUCAGUGGCGAGGCACAUUUGAGAGCAAAAUCAAGGAGUUUCAUGAUGAACAGGUGAGAGGAGUGAAAAGAAAACUGGAUGAAGUUAUCCAGCAUAAGAAGGCUUGUAAAAAGCUUGAUGAUCAAAAGACAGAGUUUGAGAACAAGCUGCUACAGAAGAGCAAAGAGCUCGCUCAUCAGUUAAAACACAAGACACAAGAUGAAGAGGAACUUAAACAGCAGUUUGACUCUGUUUGGAGAGACUGGGUGAGAGAACUAACUGCAGAUACAAAACCUAUUGAAGACAUCAACUUGGAGGAAGGUCGAUCAACUAUCCUUCAUGAGCUUGGUUUUGAAUGGGCUCUUAUUGAUGAAUCCAAAAGCAGUGGCAGAUACAAAAACAUAUCAGAGGCUGGUGAUUACUCUCAUUAUGUGGCACUCACCAAGUAUCAGGAGCACACAGGACGGAGAAGCCCUACACGGUUGAUUAACUUUCAUUCAGAAACAGGUACAAAAGUAUUGACAUACAUUAAGAGGAUUUUUCAGCAAGAAGAUCAACAACUGAUCAGAUCCCUGAUUGAUAAUCUUGAAAAACAGUCACUUGAUACAAUCAAGAACAAACCUGUAGCUACAACAGGCUACAGUCCAACUUACUUGCAAGAAGUUGCCAAAAAUGUCAAAGAGAAAGUGACAGAAUUUGAAUCAGAGAGGAAAUUUGCUCUGAAGAGGGAGUUUACAGUUGAACUCUUACUGUAUGUGUUUGACAGAGCAGGGACUUGGCUUUCAGAGUCCCAUGAGAAAUUCAAGAAAAAGGAUGAUGCACGUUCUCGUUUAGAAAGCAAGAGGGAUCAAUAUUACAACAUUUUCAGAAGCUUCUAUGAAGGAAACUCUUCUGCUGUUGUACUCGGAGAACUGAUCUGUGGAAAACUGAAGGUUUCCACUGUUGAGGCUGUCUGUAACAAGACUGCCAUUGAUCUCGCUGGAGAGAUGAAGUGCAGUUUCCCAGCAUUCAAUGAAAACAGACUGAACCUGGAGAAACAUGUGUUGAAGUCACUGGCAGAGAAAGAGGACUUCAGUGGUUUCAUCACCUACAUCCAUCAACCAAGGAAACAUGUGGAGAGUUUUAUAAAAGAGGAAGUAGAGAAAUACAUCUUCACAUCACACAAAGAUAAAGCUCAGGAUAUACUCAAGAAAAAUGUUGAAGACAUGAAACAACAUGUGAGUCUGGCUUUAUUUACUGCAACAGAGAAAGUCAAAACCCAGAGAGGAAACACAGACAUGUGGCUGGAGGAAUUUACCAGUUCUCUGAGAGAUGAUCUGACAUUUGAUGCCAUUUGUUCUCAAAACUUCAGAGACAUAAACAGUUUUGAGUUUCUUAAAGAAGAGAUAGAGAAAAGCCUUGAACCCAUCAUGGAGGAGAUGAACAACCUCUCACUGAAUAAGAUGAAUGAUUUUAGACAGAAACCUGAUCAAAUUCUCAUCGAUCAGCUGUGCAAGUGCUGCUGGGUAACGUGUCCAUUCUGUGCAGCUGUUUGCACCAACACCAUGGAAGAUCACAGUCCUGAAAAGCAUUGUGUCCCUUUUCAUCGCCCCUCUGGGAUUAAAGGAUGGCACUAUAGAAACUCAAAGAAACUGGAAGUUGAUUUCUGCACAACAAAUGUUGCAAGUGAUAGAAGAUUUUACCCCCAUGGUGACUCAGAUAAAAGCAUUCCUUUUAAACAGUACCCAAAUGGUGGGGAUGAGUAUGCUGCGUGGAAGAUCACUCCUGAUGAGUCCAAACUAACAUACUGGAAAUGGUUUGUGUGUCAAUUUCAAAAACAACUGGAAGACCACUAUGAAUUAAAAUUCCAGGGCAGAGGAGAAAUUCCCAGCGAGUGGAGAAAAUACAGUAAAGAAGAAGCGAUUAAAAGUCUGGAUGAAAUGUACAAUCUGUGAGUGAACAACACAACUACUCAGCUGAAAAUGGUGAUACUUGUUUUCAUGUGACUAUUCAUAAAUCAAAUUCGUAUACAACAUCAGUUUUACUGAUUUUAUCAUUGACAGGUUUUUCUGUCUGUGAAUAAUAAAUGUGGACAGUAAAUUAAUCAUUACAAUUUACAGUAAACACAAGUCUGAUAGCUUUAUUCGAAUUAAUACUUAUAACAAAAGAGCACACAACAGCAAUAGUAGUCUGGUGGAUGGAGUGAGUCAAAAAUAGAUAUGUUGAUUUUAAUAUUAAAUCACUAUGUCAUCUACAAAAAUGGUUAGUGUGAACUUCCUGAAGAGAAAUGUUUCCAUGAAGGUGAAACAGAAGACAAUAUGUUAUCUUUCCAUUUAUUUUGUUUGAAGAGACAAAGAGAAAUGAUGAAUAUGAUGCAUGUAUUAAUGAAUAUUUUUGAAAUUUUAUUAAAUGAAAACAUAUGAAUCUGAACUUCUGAAGUUCAGUGAUCAUGGAAAGAUGAGUGAGAAGGUUGAUGAGAGACACGUUGUCAGAUGAUCGACUUCUUACAACAAAGAAUGGAGGGUAUAUUUCUUUAACCUGUGUAAUUCAUUUCUAAAACUUAAAUCUGAAGAUCCUGUUAAACAAGUUUUGCCUGUUUGUAUUUUUGUAAGUCUUUAUAUUUUAAGUUGAAUCAUGUGAACUGAUCCAGGACGCUUUAUGUUGAAGAUGUAUUUGAAGUGUUCAGCUGUGUUAUGUUAAUUUCAUUUAAAAUAAUCUGUCAUUAUAUCUACAGCAGCAUGAGUUUUGUUGUUUUGUUGUCAAUGUGAGGAAAAUAUUUCUAAAAGAGUUUAUCAUUUAUGAAACUGAUCAUUCAGUGACGACACAAAAACACGUGUUGACUUUAACCUUUCAUGUUAUUAAUUAACAUAAUAAAAAUAACUACAUCA